CACGUAGGAUAUGAGACUAGACGAAGUUAGAGAUCAAACAUUAAAUAUCCCCAUCAAAGAUGUCUAUGGUGAUCACAAAACUUCGGUUAAUAUUUUAAAUCACUUCACAUUCUCCACCAAUGUCUCUUGCAUUCGAUAAAGUGAUCCUCUUCGGGGACUCGAUCACUCAACUAGCUUACCUCCAGGAGAAAGGCUUUUGCUUUGGAUCGGCUAUGCAAAAUGCGUAUUGCCGAAAACUAGACGUGAUUCAGCGUGGUUAUGGGGGUUACACGUCUGACCAUGCCGCUGCCAUAAUCGAUCGCAUCAUCCAACAGGAAACUAUCAACUCCAAAAUCAAGCUCAUCGUUGUUUUCUUUGGAACUAAUGACUCGGUGGUUCCUGAAACCGAAGACCACGUCCCUCUUGCAAGAUACAAGGACAAUCUGAGAAAGAUGAUAGGGGCUUCUCAUCAGGUCGGUUCAAGAGUGAUUCUUGUUGGACCAGCCCCGUUCAAUCACCAUCAGUUCAUGGACGAAAUAGAAAAAAUUCGAGACGUGGUGGGUGUAGAUUGGGUAUGCGAUCGUACCACCCUUCGAGCACGUGAAUAUUGUGAUGCUGCCAUUGAGCUUGGUAAAGAAUUAAAUGUUCCCACAGUUCCCCUGUGGUACUUGAUUAUGGCCGAGAUAGGUUGGAGAGAAGGUGAUCCAAUAGAUGGCCUGGCUGAGUCUCCUGCUAGUAAUGAACUCAGUAAAUAUCUGAGCGACGGUCUUCAUUUCCUUGGUCCGGCUUAUUCUAUUCUCUUUCAGCACACCAUGAAGGCAAUCAAGGUCGUCUAUCCGGAGCUAGACCCGUCUGCUCUCCCGACAAGGGACCCUGCGAGGACCGCCCUUUAAGAUAUGAGUACCUUGUGAACAUUGAAGGAUCUAAAAUCCGAAGUUCAUGUUGAACAUAAUCAACAUUUUUGGAUGCCUAGGCACCCCGCCUCACCCCCGGCACUGACACCAACCCGUCAGUUCAAAUACACAUACAAAUGCGACAUUUUAAAAAAGCGCGUAGAACGCGGGCUGAAAUUACGUUGGUUAUUACAUAAAUACCUCUAGAAAAUGCAAGAGAAUACUAUUACCGAGAAGUAUUUCAUCGGCGUUGGUGGCAAUUGCAAGCCCUUUAGGGUUUUGGGCUGGUUGCUUGUCCUCAGAAUAUUGAAUAACCCAAGACAAGAUGCGAUGCGAAUUGUUGCCAGCUCAACAGGCUGAGCUUUUUGU